CUACGCAUUGAAUUGUACGGUAGACUAGGAAGACAUCAACCAACUGAACAUCAUAGCUCCUAACCUCGUGGUUUGAAUAGCAUACUCGAGCUAGAGUAAUAAUAUAUCAUGAGAGCAACACUUUUAAGCCGAACGAGAGGCGUCGUCGCUCAGACGCAACGGUAAGUCGAGCCGUGUGCGAGUAGAUUGGAAUCCAAAUUGUCGAUUGCGCACGCUGGGCAAACAUCGAUCGCCCGUGUUCCGCUGUUAUUGCCACUGCUAUUGCCUUCACUUCGUUUCGAUCGUUCUGCGUCGCUAGCAAUGAAGUUCGAUCUCUCGUGCUUUUGCUUCCUACCGAAUACCAAUAAUAUUGAACAAACAAUGGCUGCCUUCUCGAUUUGAAACUAAACGCGCGGUGCCUGCUUGAUUGUCCUUUGUCUUGUUUGUGUGUUGCGAACAUAGACGGGGAAUGGCCGGUGGACCGAUCCCCGCACGCUAUAAGGUGACUAAGAACAAGUUCGUCGAGGAAUGGAACGGUCGCCGAGAAAUCACUGAGAAGAUAUGGGAAUGCGACCAAAAGAUGGCCGCCAACCUCUUCCUUUACGUCGUCGCCAUCCCCUUUGGAUUCUACAGCAUCACUAGGGGGGAAUUCCAGUCAAAGGGCGAUCGACGAUACAAAGAUUGCGUUUAAACCGCAUCAACAUGGAAGGAAAACAAGCUGGUAUGAGCCCUGUCUGAUUGGUCUGUCAGGGUCUAUUUUAAAAGGAAAGCUAGGAGAGAAAACAUUAGCCUGGUGUCCCUUUUCAAAACGUACCAAAAACAUUUUCGAGUAGUAAAUAAGAAAAUCAAACACUUGCAAUGGUGGAGCUCCGCCAACUUCUUGAUUGUAGCUAGAAUGAAAAUAACUUUCUAGCAUAGCU